UUAUUAAGCGCCGUGAACAAAUCUGUAAGAGACCCUAAUCAAGGGAUGACUAACCAAAACAGACAACUAAACAGGCAAAAAAAUACUCACCGGCAGAAGAACGGCGCGGCGCAAGCGCGCAUAUCCCUCUAGUUGUGUAUAGAAUCCGGCAAGAAAAAGCGCUUGCACUGUGGUUCCUUGACAGUUGCCACGUAGAUGUGCCAUGCCGCUGUGUUCCUGCCACAUCAUGUGACGCCACGUAAGCUGUCGAGGACGUCGUCCGAUGUACCGGUUCCGUGCCAACCACACGACGCGAUCGUCAGCUAGCUCGGUUAUAAGUAGGUGACCUGGCCACCAACACAACACGUGAAAGAAAAAUCCAACGGAAAAAGCAAAGAGAGAACAAUGUGCGGCGGCGCCAUCCUAGCGAAGCUGAUCCCGCCGACGCCGCCGUCGGCGGGCCGUGCCCCGAAGCAGGUGGCCGCGGGCGGGGUCUCGCCCAAGAAGGGCGGCAUGAACAAGAGGCACCACAGCAGCACCCCCGAUGUCGACGACUUCGAGGCCGCCUUCGAGGACUUCGAUGACGACUUCCACCUGCAGGCGGAGGAGGACGGCGACGACCAUGUCGUUUUUGCAUCCAAACCUGCCUUCUCCCCGGCCUACGAUGAUGGCCGCGCGGCGCAGGCGGCGAGCAGGAAGAAGAGCGUCCGCCGCCUCCACGGCAUCCGUCAGCGGCCGUGGGGCAAGUGGGCGGCGGAGAUCCGCGACCCGCACAAGGGCACCCGCGUCUGGCUCGGCACGUUCGACACGGCCGAUGAUGCCGCCCGGGCCUACGACGUCGCCGCCCACCGCCUCCGUGGCAGCAAGGCCAAAGUCAACUUCCCCAACGGGACCAGGGCUGGGGCGCGCCUGCAACGCGCCAGCCGGAGAACCGCUUCGAAACGGCAGUGCCCCCCUGCGCGGACGACGGCGUACUCUGCUGCACACGCACAGAAGGAGCGGGACGCUAUGGUGGCCAAGCCUGAGCUGAUGGAGUCUUUCGACAUGGACGCCUUCGUCGACCUGACCACUGCUUUCACCACGCUACCGCCUGUCAUGGCAAGCUCCUUCGCCGACACUGGCGCGAAGAAGCCGAUGGUCGAUGAGGAUUCGUCGGAUGGGAGCGGCGGCGAUGCCAUGCUGGGGUUCGAUCCGUUCAUGCUGUUCCAGCUCCCCUGCUCGGACACGUACGAAUCCAUCGACAGCCUCUUCGCCGGCGACGCCGUCAUCCAGGAUGCCCUCGGCGUGGACAGUGGCAUGGAGGGCGUCAGCCUCUGGAGCUUCGAGGAGUUCCCCAUGGACAGCGCCAUUUUUUGACGUUUCCGUGCGAUGCGCCCGAUCGGUUGAACGAAGGGCGCAGCCGAUGCAUGGCUGCUGCAUGAUUGCUUCCUUGAUGAAUGCAGAUUCGUCGGACUGUAUGUGCAUAUGUACUGCUGGUCGCCUGUAUCAAACCGUAUUGUACUCUGCCAUGAUUUGUGCUAGUCUUUCCUACUGUUGGUCAAUAGUCCUACGAAUUGAUCAUGUCGGCAGUGCCGUCUAUGAUUGUGCUUGUGCUUGCGGUUGUCAAUUCCAAAUUAGUUUUAUGAACCUGGUUAUCUUGUGUCAUGUUGAGUUGGAUUGUAAAUUUAUUAAUUCAGUUCAGGGCUCUUUGAUUCAAA